AGUAGAAGAGGAGGAAAAGGGGUGGAGACUUGAAGCCGCUUCAGACCGCCCGCCUUCUCCGUCCUCCGUCGCGCCGCUUAGUCAAGCUCGUGCUCCUUGGACGUUCCUUUCCUGCCUUAAAAGUCGGGUGUCUUUUAUGAAUAAUCAAAAGCAGCAAAAGCCAACGCUAUCAGGCCAGCGUUUUAAAACUAGGAAAAGAGAUGAAAAAGAGAGGUUUGACCCCACUCAGUUUCAGGACUGUAUUAUUCAAGGUUUAAAUGAAACUGGCAGUGACUUGGAAGCAGUAGCAAAAUUCCUUGAUGCUUCUGGAGCAAAACUUGAUUAUCGCCGCUAUGCAGAGACACUCUUUGACAUUCUGGUGGCUGGUGGAAUGCUGGCCCCAGGUGGUACACUGGCAGAUGACAUGAUGCACACAGAUGUCUGUGUGUUUGCAGCACAGGAAGACCUAGAAACGAUGCAAGCAUUUGCUCAGGUCUUUAACAAGCUGAUCAGGCGUUACAAAUACCUGGAAAAAGGCUUUGAGGAUGAAGUCAAAAAGUUGCUGCUAUUCUUGAAAGGUUUUUCAGAGUCUGAGCGGAACAAACUGGCCAUGCUGACGGGUAUUCUUCUGGCCAAUGGGACACUUAAUGCGUCAAUUCUCAACAGUCUAUAUAAUGAGAAUCUAGUUAAAGAAGGUGUUUCAGCAGCCUUUGCAGUAAAACUGUUCAAAUCAUGGAUAAAUGAAAAAGAUAUCAAUGCAGUGGCUGCUAGCCUUCGUAAAGUCAACAUGGACAACAGGCUGAUGGAACUCUUUCCAGCCAACAAGCAAAGCCUUGAACACUUCACAAAAUACUUCACUGAUGCAGGAUUAAAGGAACUCUCUGAAUACGUCCGGAACCAGCAGUGCAUAGGGGCUCGUAAAGAACUGCAGAAAGAACUUCAGGAGCAGAUGUCACGUGGGGAUAACUUUAAGGAUAUCAUCUUGUAUGUCAAGGAAGAGAUGAAGAAAAACAACAUAUCAGAACAGACUGUGAUAGGCAUUAUCUGGUCCAGUGUAAUGAGCACUGUGGAAUGGAACAAAAAAGAGGAGCUAGUAGCAGAACAAGCCAUCAAGCACUUGAAGCAAUACAGCCCUCUUCUUGCUGCCUUUACAACCCAAGGUCAGUCUGAACUGACUCUGUUGCUCAAGAUUCAGGAGUACUGUUAUGACAACAUCCACUUCAUGAAAGCCUUCCAGAAAAUAGUGGUGCUCUUCUACAAAGCUGAGGUUCUAAGUGAAGAACCCAUCCUGAAAUGGUAUAAAGAUGCACAUGUUGCCAAAGGAAAGAGUGUCUUUCUGGAACAAAUGAAAAAGUUUGUAGAAUGGCUCAAGAAUGCUGAGGAAGAAUCUGAGUCUGAAACUGAAGAAGGUGACUAAGUUGUCAAAAACAGUAAAGCAAACAGGAGCAGUAGAUAAAACGUCAUGUCUUUGUGUCCUGAUUCUUACAUCCUACCUCCCUGUAUCAAGCAUGAUAUAAGGGCUCUCAUGGCAAAUUUAUGUUUGUGUUUUCUAUGGUCAUUAGAGAACACCAGAUUUAGGUUUUUAAAACCAUGUGUUAGUAGCUUACAGGAGCUAUAGAUUUGAUUCUAACAUUGCAUUAGUUUUUUGAGUUACCUUCUACCUCCUGUAUUUUCUACUGUAACAUAAUUUAAGGCCUUCCACAACUUAAAUUCAUUUUAUCCCUGGGUUUUCUAUAAAAAAAAGUUUACAAGUAGACAUGAUUUGGAAAAAUGAAAUUUGUUAUAAAAAUUCUGUUUGCAAAUUAAACUGUACAAGUAUCCAAAGUAAA